AUGCUCGCUCUCCAAGUGCUGCUUGGCGUACUUGCGCUCUUGUCUGUGCUGUGUGCACAGCCUGAUGCUGGCCACAGGGCGGUACAUGCAACGACUACUUUGGCGGCUGCCGCAUCGUCCCAUACAAUCAACGCGCGCUUGCAGCCCACAGUGUCCCUGAAGAAACGCUCUUACAUCGCACGUCCGCUGAGCACCGUCACACCGAACGUGGCGCUCUACCUGCCCGAUAUUCCGGGCGACCAACACGACGGCGGGGCAACGAGCGUGUACUACUACGGCCCGGGCAACCAGGCAAUCACGACGGUCUACGCGCUCGUCACCGGGACCGUCGGUGUUGGGGAGGGCCCCAAGACCACGUACAUGUACCAAGGACCCACGGAAGCCUAUCUGGCGAAUGUAGAACGCACGGUGGAUCUCGGCAGGGCCAAGGGCGGCGUGCGCACCGCGCCAUUCAAUGUCAAGUGUGUUUAUUCUCGCGGGCUCCACCGCAUGGGCUCCUGCCAGUACAUGUACUUGUCUGCGCAGAGCACCUCGAUCUACGAAAAGAACUACAAGACCAUGAUCGAUGCCAAGACUACCAUCACACCCGUUGCAUGGCUCGUGCAAAGUAUGCGUCGCGAGGCGGCCACCUCGGGGAUCACCACGAUUCCUGCGCCCUACUCUGCCACGAGCAGUGCAGCAUCGUUGUCGAGCCUAUAUGGCUUAUGCACAGCAUUGAUAGUUACACUGCUUGUCGGUGCAUUUAUAGUGUGA